CAGUGUCAGUAAACGUCGGCAAAAAUGCGUAAUUAAAUUGUUGCCAGCAGCACAGUUGCAGUCACCAACGCUCUGGAUAACAUGAAAACAGCCUAACCAUCUCUGCAAGGGUGAGAAAUGGUCAGUGAUGUGAACUCUCAUUUUUGUCUGGAAGUAGCUUGUAAGCUAGCUAACUUUAGCCAGUUAGCUUGGGUGCUUGACAGCCGUUGUGAGGUCAGAACACUCGGAUCAACCACACUCCGAGAGCGAAACUGAUUUUACGAACGGACAAUCUGACAAAGCUCUGGGCACACUGACUGGGUGCUCUCUGGCACUCCAGAGUGAAUUUACGAACGCUCCCCGGAUAGAACAAGGUCUCGCUUGUUUUUGUUGGACCUAUAUUGCCAUGACAACAGCGCAAGUUUUCCAGUGGCACAUUUGCUUCCUUAUUUACAAACUUUCUCAGAAAAUACUAGUCGCCGAGGUGUAUCAUGAAUGAUCCAGUGGCAACGACGACCGAAGGGCCACCAACGGAUGGAAAAUCAGUCAAUCUCAUUGGGAAUCUGUUGAGAAGAGUAUCAAGAGCCGAGCCUGUUCCUGAUGACGAUGAGGAAGAGGAGGAGGAGCUUCCCCCACCACCACCACUAAUUCCACGAGGCCCUCUAAAAGGAUGUCUAACAGUCCAUCUGAAAAACUGCAGGGAUUUCAAUAAAAACGCUUCCAUAAAGAAAGGCACCCAGGGCUUCCUGAGGGCGAGUAUUGGGGAGAAGGUGAAGUGCACUAUGGUCCAGCCCUACAAGGACUCCAAGGCUGAGCGCUCCAAGUUCCCCCUCUGCUUCAACGAGUGGAAGUAUUUCUCCAUACAGAUUCCUAAGAGCACUGAUAACACACUGGGUGUCUGUGAGUCACACCGUCUGGGGGUGGAGCUCAUCUUCUUUGAGCAGGACACCGGCGUUCCCAAGCUCAUAGGAAAGACCUUUGUCAAACUGCUGGACAUCCUCAGUAAAUCACAAAUGAACCACCUGCUGGAGCUGAGGCUCAAGCGUCAGAUCAUCUGUAAGCUGGAGAUGGAGAUGGUGAUUGCGUAUGGAUCCUUGGGUUACGGAUACUCCCACCAGUUUAAGCACCCAAAUAGAAACAUGGAGAGCCUAGUGGAGCGCUCGCUCUUCCUCCGCUGUCCACCACCGGACGACCGCAAAGACCAUCACUAUAAUGUGGUCACUCCUAAGCCAGUACCUUAUUCAGACUUCAUCGCAGCGCUGAUGUACAGAGAGACCACCAACCCAGACAACAGGACGACUUACCCCUCAAACAGCACAAUAUCCCCCAUCAUCCUGGAAUGUAUGGAGAAGAGGGGCAGGCUACUGCAGAUGCAUGAGGAGAUGGAGGCGUUUGAGUCGUCCGAGGACUCCCUGCAGUACCUGGAGAAACUGGUGAUGAAGAAAGGGAUUAGAACCGGUACCCCCUGGAGGAUGAACAAGAGGUUCAAGCUUCUCUCUAAGUGGAGGAAAAAGGCAACGAUGGUCUCCAAGCUGCUCAAUUUUGGAGGCUGUUCAGAGGCGGCGAAACAUCAGAGAGACAACAUGUUGCCCACGGGGCCAUUGGGUGUGACUCCCCCUGUGCCACUUUUAAAGCGCCUUGCCAUGCAACAGGAGAAAAUACCCUUAGUCAACGAGAACGAAGUGUCUGAAAUGGCCAAGCCUCCAUCUCCCAGAAAGACCCUGGCUGCAGCAUCUGGCCUGUCCACAUGUAUGGCCUCCACCCAGGUUGCCCAGUCAGCCCCAUUCUCUCCACCUCCAUCUGAUCAAUAUACCACACCGCCAACAGUAGCCACCCCACCUACAUCAGCCAUGGCCCAUAAGGCAUCUCCCCCUAGCAGUGUGGCCUCCAGCUCCAUGGACCACCUUGUCCAGUCCAGGGCCACCUCUUCCCCCAGACACAUCACCCUGGUCCUGCCUGAGGGUCCCGCCACCCCAGCUUCCACUUCAGCCUCCACCUCCGCUCAGCCCAGUACCAGACACAUCCCUAAACCCACCAAUGUGGCCGCAGUCCCCAUUCCCAUCCACCUGACCUCCCUCUGUGUUCUUACUACCCUGGAGGAAGAAGGAGAGGAGGAAGAAGGAGAGGAGGAAGAAGGAGAGGAGGACGAAGGAGAGGAGGAAGACGGAGAGGAGGAAGACAGAGAGGAGGAAGAAGGAGAGGAGGAAGAAGGAGAGGAGGAAGACGGAGAGGAGGAGGUCGGGAAGAAAAAGGAGGUGCAUGCUACAGUAUCGUCCUCCCUCCUCAAGACGCUCUCCUCUCUGACGCUGACCCCCGAGGUGGCCCUCCAUGCCACCCUGGUGCACUCGCGCCAACAGAGCAGGCCUGGGCAGCUGGAGGAAUGUCAGCCAGCUAGCCCCAGCUACCAGCAGGAGGAGUGUCAUCCAGCUAACCCCAGCUACCAGCAGGAGGAGUGUCAGCCAGCUAACCCCAGCUACCAGCAGGAGGAGUGUCAUCCAGCUAACCCCAGCUACCAGCAGGAGGAGUGUCAGCCAGCUAAACCCAGCUACCAGCAGGAGGAGUGUCAGCCAGCUAACCCCAGCUACCAGCAGGAGGAGUGUCAGCCAGCUAACCCCGGCUACCAGCCUUACCAGGAGAGCCCGUCCAGGGGGAAGAGUGACCGAGACCAGGGGAGGACUGCUAGUGGUGCCGCUGGAGGAGUGAGGGAGUCAGGGUGGACCCAGACCCAGAAAGAGGCUGCUGGAAUGGGCAGCAUUGGAAGUCGGUGGAAGCUGAAUUUUGCUGGGCUUGGCUCUCUUGCUUCCGGAGGGCAGAGGAGGGAAGAAGAUGCCCCAUGCAGCAGCACUGCCUUCAGGUCCCCUACACUGAUCGACCUGGCCCCACCACGGCUGCUGGGGGCCUGGACCGAGAACAUUGCCACUGUGCCGACACCCAUAGGAGGGGGUGGGGGAGGCCUGGACUGGAGAUCUGGAGGUCUGCCUGCUGCCCAGAGAACCAGCCCGACUCUCUGCUCUCAGUUAAUCUCCCCCUGUCCAUCCCGCCGUCAUCCGACCCUCUGAGCCAAAGCCCUCUGACACGCUCCCCCCUGCCGCACCUCGGCUCACGGGCCACUGACACACCUUCUCCAGACCUGGAAACCUGGACCCUAGAUAGUUCUCCCUUCCUCGGUGGCAUGCUGUGUGAGUCCAACCCUCCAGAUCUACAUGUAGGCCAAACCAGCGGUGGCAGCAACACUGACAGGCACACCCAGAGACCAGGAGGAGCCAGCUCCAGCACAGAACCACUCACCACACUCAACUCCUGGCUUAGCAGUGACAAUCUCCCCACCGGAGCUGGCUCAGACUCUGGACAGUGGUCCCUCCUCUCAGAGAUCGACAUGUCACCACUCCGCAGCGGACUGGUCUUCUCCCCCCUUACCCCCAUCUCCACCUCCGACCCCCUCACCCCCAGCUCCUCCCCUACCAGAAGCACCAGAGGCAGCAAGCCAGGCAAGGAGAGACCCAGGGUCGUGGAGACACCGCAUUCCCCAUAUCACAGGCGCAACAGAGACCACAGAGAUUAUUAUGGGAAGAUGUAGUAAAAAUAUAUAUUUUUUGGCAGCCUAUUUUGUCAAGUUCAUUGCCCUUUACUUGGGAAAUUAUCUGAUUCGGUUAUCUAAGUAUUAAUUCAAAUGUUUAUUUUCUCAAAGAAUUUAGUUAAGAUGAAUUAUGUUUUUUAUUGAUAAAAUAGGACAGGGCCUCUAAAGCGGAACUAAUUUAAUGAGGGGUUUUGUUUCAGUGAAAGCAGAGGAAUGUUUUGACCGCAGGACCGUUUCCAAACUUUGGUGGUUGGUGCUGGCCUGGUGAUAGUCUGCCAUGGAGAGAGAUGGGAGUAAUGUUACAUCAUCCCUCUAGGUGUCUGGGGCUGGCCUGGUGAUAGUCUGCCAUGGAGAGAGAUGGGAGUAAUGUUACAUCAUCUCUCUAGGUGGCUGGCGCUUGCCUGGUGAUAGUCUGCCAUGGAGAGAGUUGGGAGUAAUGUUACAUCAUCUCUCUAGGUGGCUGGCGCUGGCCUGGUGAUAGUCUGCCAUGGAGAGAGUUGGGAGUAAUGUUACAUCAUCUCUCUAGGUGGUUGGUGCUGGCCUGGUGAUAGUCUGCCAUGGAGAGAGUUGGGAGUAAUG